AUGUCAGACACGAUAUUCGACGGCUAUUACGACGUGCCUGCCGCAGUUACAAAAUUAGACAGCUAUAUCGAAUCUGCUUCUUCUGGAGAGGCAAAAUUUAUGCAACUUGCCUGCUUGAGGAACCAAAGCGGUAUGGAUUAUUCCGCCACUGUGCAGAACAUCGGUGUCCCGAAACGUUUCCGCCUAUGCAAAUCUUCUUUGGACAACCCCAAUGUCUGCGAAGAAUUGGUGUUUCGAGCGCAGGGGAUCGUGGUGGAGUGCAGCCUACUGCCUUUGGGUCGCGAGAUAGCUGGAAACAAGUUCAAUCUUCGGCAAACUGUGGUUCUGUCGGGGUUCAACAGCCAGCUGUUCGAAGAAUUCUUGGAUUCUUGUGCGAUAGCAUACAACAUGUUCAAACGCCAUCUUCCUCCGACCUCGCUUUUUCCGUUAGCCCAAGAAACGAUAAACUUAAACAACCACACGUACUCGGCCAUCCGGUUCACCAACCCGGUAUUCACCAAACCUAACACAGAGGGCAUCUCUUCCAAUACACUUAGCCUGGAAAUACCUGACGAACUUGACCCUUCACGAGCUCUCAGGAAGUCGCAAGGCAAUGCCUUGUAUCUCGAUGAUAAUGCGAUACAUAUAUAUCGCGUCGAGAAACCGUUUGGUACGCUGCGGCGGACCACGGCCGGAACAGUGAAUAUCGGAGACAUGGUGGAAUUGGAGAUGUCGUUCUGGGCGAUGAAAACACGGAACAAGAGAUUUCGUAUGGAAAUCGGUCCACGUUCUAUCGCGGUCUUAGAUCAGACUUAUCAGGAGGUAAGUUCAAAGUCAUCGUGA